UCGGACGCGCCGUGAAAUAUUAAAAUUUAAUGUGUUCGAAAUAAUGGAGUCCAAAUUAAAAAAUUUCAAGAAUUCUUUGACUUUACAAGAUUGUGAGAAGACAAAUUUGAGUUUAACCACUCCUUUCUCGAUCAACGAUAUUUUGACAAAGGAAAAUGAAACGAAGUGUGAUUUUGAAAAUGGAAUGUUUUGUUCGUCGAACGGUUUCGGCGGGAAGGUGAAUUUUUUAAACAAGCCGACGAAUUAUACUAAAGAUGAUAGUUAUUCGAAAAAGGAGGUUAUGGAAAAGAGUAUGAAAUAUUACGAUGACUGUAAUUUCCGUGAUUAUGCAGACGACGGCGCUUUGGAUAUGUCGAGAAAGAACAGUUUUCCAGUCACAGAAUUAUCAGAUGACUACGACUCAAGAUCCUCAAACACCGGAUCCCCCGUACGUCGCUCGAACUCAUCCCCCAACUCCGACAACGGAUACAAACCGUUUAAUUUACACUAUGAAAGGAAGUGCGCCACCCCACCACCAGACCACAGGAUAAUGCACUCCCCAAACUAUACGCCUAUCGAAUACUCGCAGAACAGUGGCAGGAAAAAGCGAUCAAGAGCCGCAUUCUCACACGCUCAAGUCUACGAACUAGAACGACGAUUCAGCCAGCAGAGAUAUUUAUCUGGACCGGAGCGAGCCGACUUAGCGGUAAGCCUCAAGCUCACCGAGACACAAGUCAAGAUCUGGUUCCAGAACCGUCGGUACAAAACGAAACGAAAACAGCUACAGAUGCAGGAAAGCGGAAUGCUAGCUGCAGCCGCCGCCGCUGCGAACCAUGCGAGAAAAGUCGCGGUAAAAGUCCUAGUUAACAACAACGGACAACCGAAUUUACCGGAUUUAAAAUACCAAGCACCUAUGAUCGGUAAAACAUUAAAUCCAGCAUUAUUCGCGCCUCCGAAUCUCUUGGAAGGGUCACCAAUAUUAAAGCACUUCGCUGGGGUAUAUGGAGUUGACUUCGCAAAGAACCCCGAAUAUAAAGCGCUGUUACAAGAAUCGUACAAUCAAGCGGUAUUGCAAUCACUAUACGGACCUCACUUAGGGGUGAACUAUCCCAAUAUCCCAUUAUCCUAUAUGUAUUAUCCUGGUCAUCCCACGUUUGGGAUGUCCAUGCCUUGCGAAGCGGAAAGACCUCAUGAAACAUCUGUUGAUCCAAAAGAAUUUGGUGAGAGUUCGAUGAAGGAUGAAAGACUCAUUGAAAAAAGUAAAACCCACGUUGAAGUUAACGAAAACAGCAACGAAAGUAUGGCCAGUAAUAUCGAAGUAGAAAAUUGAUUAUAACGUUCACUGUUCACAAACAAUACAUACUGUAGUUGACACUAAUUAAAUAUUAAGAUUAAAAGUUAAAACCAAAGAAACACUAUUGGAAGUUGGAACAUGUAAUUAAUUAGUUCUUAUUGAUCAGUGAUCCAGUAAAUUAAUCGAUACCAAAGUUAUUUUAUAAGCGAAACGGAUAUGCAACAAUUUAAAAGAAAUAUGUUCUUUCAAAAUAUAUUUUCUUUUAACA